AUGGGUUCCUUGGCAAAUUACCACAAAAACCUUCCCGUAAUCGAAUUCGCCGGGGACAGUAUAGUCCCGGGCUCGACCAGCUGGCAAUCGACGAGCGCAAAUGUUGUACGGGCACUUGAGGUGUACGGGUGUUUCCUAGCGAUAUGCGACAGAUUUGCGCCCGGCAUGCACGACUCGAUUUUCCAUGCGGCGGAGGAGUUAUUGUCUCUACCGAUCGACGUGAAAGUGAAGAACAUUUCCGAGACCCCUUCGCAUGGGUACGUGGGACAGGUGGCACUUAUUCCGUUGUACGAAGGUUUGGGGAUCGAAAAUGCCACCACACGCCAGGGAGUCGACGACUUUAUCAAGCUCAUGUGGCCGUCAGGGAAUCGUACUUUCCGUGAAACAACUUUAGAGUACUCUAAGAUUGUGGCCCAACUAGACCAAGUUGUGAUGAGAAUGGUGUCCGAAAGCUAUGGCAUAACGAAUAGCUACGAGGCAUUGCUCGAAAAAACAUCGUACCUCCUUCGACUGCUAAAAUACCGAAAGCCUAACGAAAACGAAAGUGGUUUGGGUAUUGUCCCGCACACGGACAAGAGCUUCAUGACCAUUCUCCACCAAAACCGAGUGCCCGGGCUCGAAAUCAAGGCCAAAAACGGCCAUAACUGGAUAGUCGUUGAUCCUUCGCCUAAGUUUUUCAUUGUCAUGGCCGGCGACGCAUGUAUGGCAUGGACUAACGGAAGAAUCGAAGCUCCCCAACACCGGGUGAUGAUGAUGAAGGGGUCCGAGGAAAGGUACUGUGUCGGCCUGUUUACGUUUAUUAAGGAUAUUGAAAUAGAGGUGGCGAAAGAGCUAGUCGACGAUGAGAACCCUUUGCAGUUUGAGCCGUUCGAUCACUACAAGUUCAUACACUUCUACUAUACCGACGAGGGCAAGCGUGCAAAGUGUCCCAUUAAGGCGUAUUGUGGAAUCUGA